GUACCGAAGACAGAACCGUCCCGUCUCCGGCCACGCCAAGAUGGCCUCCUCCUCCUCCUCCUCCUUCUCCUCGCCUCCUCCUCGGCCUCUCCUCUCGUGCCUCCUCCUCCUCCACGCCUCCCUCGCCUCCCCCGCCAACCGAGAGGUGAGGGCCAAGCGAGCGAGCCAGAGGAGGAGCUGGUACGACCCAGGGCAGCUGUACUACGACUACGGCGACAACCAGGACGUCGACACCUACGACUUCGACGUCGGGCACGACCUCGGCUUCCUGCCCGGAGAGGUCGACUCCUUCAGGAAUGUGCUGAUCGACCUCAUGGACAUCCUGGACGACGGGACCGAGGACCAGCAGAAAAUCAUCCCAGACUACGAAGAAGAAGAGGAAGAAGAAGAAGAAGAAGAAGAAGAACCCGCAGUCGUGAUCAUAGUCGUAGAGGAUGAAAACUACGACCCGAGUGACGUCACGUUGGCCUCGCUGCUGUACGACGAAGACGCGUCGUGGGGGCCCUGCACUCGCUCCUGCGCCGCCCGGAGACACAGGAAAUGUGUCUACCCUACGCUGUGUGGUGAAGAAGAAAUGUUGGAGAAGGCACUGUGCUACGUGCCAGGGUCCAGCUGCGAAAUAGAGGUGAAGGAAUUCCUCGAGCAAGAAGGCUACACCAUCGUGGAAAACAACGAGGACGAGGUACUGGAGGACGACCUCGAGGCUGACCCUGACUUCGACAUCACCGACUACAUUGAUGUCGAUUUGGCGGAGAUCGAGGGCGACUACGGGAGUGAUGGAGAGGAGUACGGGACCGAUGGGGCGGAGUACUACGACUAUGGCUGGUACGACUACCUGCACAGCCUGACGGGCGACGAGGAGCCGCCCGUGCAGGAAGAGGACUACGACUACGAACAGCAAUCGCAAGAAGAAGGAGGGCACGAGCAACAGGAGGAGACAGGAGUCCCGGCCGAUACAGGGUGCGGAAGGAAGAUGGUCAGAGGGCCCGAGAGCCUCCUGCGGAUCAUAGGAGGAAGGGAGGCGAGUCGCGGGGCUUGGCCGUGGCAGGUGGCCGUCCUCAACAGGUUCAAGGAAGUGUUCUGCGGCGGCACCCUCAUCAGCUCCCAGUGGGUACUCACCGCGGCGCACUGUAUCCGCAAGAGGCUCUACGUGCGGCUGGCUGAGCACGACAUCCGCGCCUACGACCACCAGGAAGUGGAAAUGCGGGCUGGACAGUGCACGGCGUCACGUCCUUCGGCGAGGGCUGCGGCGACCAAGCAAGUACGGCGUCUACACCAAAGUGGUCAAUUACCUGCCGUGGAUUA